AUGUUCUCUACAAUUCGAAAAUACGCCGCAUUGAAAAACUAUCAAUACGAAGUGACCACUGGUUUAUACAUGUUGGAGCCCUGGGAGAAGGCUCUUUUUAUCGGAUUGACUUUGUUGAUUUACACCACGAUUUUUGUCUUGCCCGACCAACUAUCUCAGAUUGCUGUUAAACUUGCUGAUUAUACUCCUGCCUAUUACUGA